AAGUGUUAUGUGCUUUACAACAACGUGAAAAUCGUAUUGUUCAAGGAAAUGCUUGUCGUGAUACACGUUUUCAGUCAUUAAUUGAAUUACUUCAACCUGCAUAUAUUCUUGGAAGAAUUGAAGAAGAUGAUUUAAAUGAUAUUAAUCCUGAUAUUAUAUUAGAACAUCCACCGCACGAUUUACCAGUAGAAUAUGUUAAAUAA